CCAACCAUCCGCUAUUUACUACCCUCUUCUGCGACAGGUUGGGACUUGGGUGUCGACGUGUCGUUACUUAUAGACCUCUUGGUCUUUGCUCCCUCUGUUUCCUGCAGCAAGUGCGCUUCCGGCGGCGCUCCGGGUUCUGUUGUGCGCGGCGUGUAGAGGGAACGUGAGUGCGUUGUUAGCUGGGGACGGGGAGAGGCCGGGAGGAUGGUGCCGGGCGAGCAGGCGGAGGACGCCAUCGUGGCGGACGUCGGCAACGUCAAGGAGGGGGAGGUGCGAGCGAUGGGCAUCGAGGAUGAUCCCGAGCAGCAGCACGACGGCAAGUUCAGCAUGAAGAACCUGCUCUGGCACGGCGGCUCCGUCUGGGACGCCUGGUUCAGCUGCGCCUCCAACCAGGUGGCGCAGGUGCUGCUGACGCUGCCGUACUCGUUCUCGCAGCUGGGCAUGCUCUCCGGCGUGCUGCUGCAGGUGUUCUACGGCCUCAUGGGCAGCUGGACCGCCUACCUCAUCAGCGUCCUCUACGUCGAGUACCGCGCCCGCAAGGAGAAGGAAGGCGUCAGCUUCAAGAAUCACGUCAUCCAGUGGUUCGAAGUUCUCGAUGGGCUCCUGGGCCCGUACUGGAAGGCCGCGGGGCUCGCGUUCAACUGCACGUUCCUGCUCUUCGGCUCUGUCAUCCAGCUGAUCGCCUGUGCAAGUAACAUCUACUACAUCAACGACCGGCUGGACAAGCGGACGUGGACGUACAUCUUUGGCGCGUGUUGCGCCACCACAGUGUUCAUCCCCUCCUUCCACAACUACCGCGUUUGGUCCUUCCUCGGCCUCGGCAUGACCACCUACACCGCCUGGUACCUCACUAUCGCCGCCGUCGUCCACGGCCAGGUCGACGGCGUGACUCACUCGGGUCCGAACAAACUGGUGCUGUACUUCACCGGCGCCACCAACAUCCUCUACACUUUCGGCGGCCACGCGGUCACUGUAGAGAUCAUGCACGCGAUGUGGAAGCCGCGGAAGUUCAAGUACAUCUACCUGGUGGCGACGCUGUACGUGUUCACGCUGACGCUGCCGUCGGCGGCGGCCAUGUACCGGGCGUUCGGUGACCAGCUGCUGACGCACUCGAACGCCUUCUCUCUGCUGCCGCGGACCGGGUGGCGCGACGCGGCGGUGAUCCUGAUGCUGAUCCACCAGUUCAUCACGUUCGGGUUCGCGUGCACCCCGCUCUACUUCGUGUGGGAGAAGGUGGUCGGCAUGCACGACACCAGGAGCGUCUGCCUGCGCGCGCUGGCGCGGCUCCCCAUCGUCGUGCCCAUAUGGCUCCUCGCCGUCAUCUUCCCCUUCUUCGGGCCCAUCAACUCUGCUGUCGGCGCGCUCCUCGUCAGCUUCACCGUCUACAUCAUCCCCGCCCUCGCCCACAUGCUCACGUACAGCUCGGCGUCGGCCAGAUUGAAUGCGGCGGAGAAGCCGCCAAUCUUCCUGCCGAGCUGGUCGGGGAUGUUCGUGGUGAACGCAUUCGUGGUGACGUGGGUGCUGGUGGUCGGCUUCGGGCUCGGCGGAUGGGCCAGCGUGUCCAACUUCGUCAAGCAGAUCGACACGUUCGGGCUCUUCGCAAAGUGCUACCAGUGCCCACCGAAGACGCACGCCCCUGCCGUGGCGGGGUCGCCGAUGCCGGUGCCGCCGCAUCACUAGCUGGAGGACUGACAGAAGAUUGGCAUGCCGAUGGCGGACGGAAACAAGGAGUGUCUCGGUGCCAAACAAGUCUCUGGAUUGCUAGUUUCUGGCCGCCAUGUAACAUACAACCCUCGACUUGGGUUUGUUGCGCGGCUUUGAUACAUCCGUUUGUGUCGCUUUAUUUGUUUGGGUUGUGAACAUGGUUGUAGGUUUUUCGGUUCAUGUUACAUGCCAUGUGAUACAAGAAUGACAUAUGCAAGUUCUCAGAGAGAGAAAAAGGAAUGGAUGUGAAAUAGGACCGCUUUUCUAU